AUGGCGGAAGAAGAGCAGAGUAACACGUCCACUCCACGGUCCUUCGCCGGCCAAACCGUUUCCGCGGAGGAGAUGCUCAAAGAGCAAACCGUCGGUCUGGUUCAUCUCUCCGACUUUCGCAAGCGGCGCGCGGAUGUUCUAGAAGCAAAAGAGCGCGAGGCACAUGAUAAGUCUCUGGGGCUACUGGCAUCUGGUAAUUCAAGAAGCGCAACUCCCUCUGCAGGCGAUGUGACUGACGGGUCAACACCCUCCCGGAGUGACGGUCCCCCAAAAAAGAAGAAAAAGAAGGCUUUGGCAAAAAGCAAGCUGUCAUUCGGCGACGACCAGGACGAGGGGGAGGAAUCCACCGCAACUCCACGCGACUCAAGCGUAUCACGGUCAGGUUCGAAAACGCCCGGCGAGGAUAGCACUAUUCGACGCAUGAAAGCGAACCCGAACGCACCCCCUCCACCCAAAGCCUUAACAAAGGCAUCCUUGGAAGCUGAAGCGCUGGCUCGCGACACUCUCCGCAAGGAGUUCUUGAUCAUGCAGGAGGCUGUGAAGAAUACCGAUAUUCUCAUUCCAUUCGUCUUCUAUGAUGGAACGAGUAUACCAGCUGGGGCUGUCAAAGUCAAGAAGGGGGACCACGUUUGGUUGUUCUUGGAUCGGUGCCGGAAGGUUGGUGCUGAGAUGGGCGUACGUGGUGCCAGCGGUGCAUCAAAGGCAAAGAAAGAUAAUCGCCGCGAGUGGGCACGAGUCAGUGUCGACGACUUGAUGCUUGUUAAGGGUGAUAUUAUUGUUCCGCAUCAUUAUGAGUUUUACUACUUCAUCGCCAAUCGGGUUCCCAGUCUUUCUCGAGCUGGCGGCUUGCUAUUCGAUUAUUCCAACAAGCCCCCUGUGGCUAAUUCCACCAAUUCUACCGACGAUCAAUUAGAAGGUGCAGACAAGGAUUUCUCGGAUACCAAGGUCGUAGAUCGACGAUGGCACAUCUUCUGUCAUGGAUGCGCAGAGAGCCUCGGGCUCUCUCGUCCAACCACCACCAAUCGGCUUUGUCCUGCAUGUCAGACGGUACUUCUCAAUCCAGAUGACGCCGUUUCGACAAUCCUGAAUCCGACGGAGGACUACAAAACAAGCGUGUUGAGUGGGUUAGAUCCCAACACAAUCAUGGAAUGUGCUGGUCGUGCACUUGCGUUUUGGGCAUAUCAAAGUACACAAGAGAUAUUCUACCAGGAAUACCGAGCGAAGACUCUUACGGAGAAGUAUGCCAACCUGAACACGCAGAUGGACAAGGUCAUCCACAAUGCCAACACGGAGAUAUUGUCACUGCAGAACAAGCUGUCCGAUACGCAAUCCUCCCAAGAAGACCUCCAAAAGAAAAACCAAGAACUGAAUGACAUGUACCGUGACAAGAACAACAAACUUGCUCAAAUGACCAAUCUCUACAACCUCCUCAAAGCUCGUGCCAUGCGGUCCCGAAUGCAGACUGCAGCCUCGGACACAGUCUCCCAAGCUCUCUCAUCGCUCAAUGCUCCUCCCCUUGCCUCUAUUACUCGGUCUGAAGUCCCAGCGCUGCCUCCGGCCCCAGUCACACGAAACCCCAAGACCCCCACUUUUCCUGUCAACCAAGACGGGGUCGAGCAGCUUCACCGAUACCAACGAAGCGGCACUGGCAGUUCCAAAAGGGCGAGGACGCGGACACCUCGCGAAGCCCCUAUGCCGCCCCCUGCUCGGCCAAAUUGGGAUGGGCGAAAUAGCAAAGGUCCAGAUCCCGCUCCUCAGCAUCGUACUCGACUUCCACGCAUUUCUCGGACUCCGACUGUCUCAUCCGAGUUUCCUCCCGGUGAUGCCAUUACGCAGCGAUUUGGACGUUGA